UCUAUGUAAUAUAUUUCCACUCGAGGCACCAAUGGCCAGGCUCAAACUCUCCUACUUGGGACACAUGAUGCGAAGACCACCCAGCUCCCUUGAGAAAGAAGUCCAUCAUGCUGGGGAGAGUGGAAGGAAAGAGAAGAAGAGGACGACCAGCAGCAAGGGGGAUGGGCUCGAUCACGACAGCCAUGAAUGCACCACGGAGAGACCUCAAAGGCCAAGCUGAAGACGGAUCAUCAUCCUGCAGAGGAUCUCUCUAUGUGGUCUCUCAGCGUCGACACCCACUUGACACGGCACUUAAUCAAUCAUCAGUCAAUCAAUGCAAUGCAUAUAUGUAUUUAUCUAUCGAUUAUUUUUUCCGUGUAAACCGCCUUGGCCACUUUUGCGAAAAAGCGGCCUAUCAGUCUCUGUAUUGGGCGGCGGCAGCCGAGGCUGGGGCUGCAACUCGGACCCGCAGCAGCGGCCGCGCCGCCCACGAGACGCGCUCUCUGCAAUCCGGAGGACGACGGGAAAGACAGCAGAGACAAAGCCGAAGAGAAUUAAGAUGGAGGACUAUGAAAAGUUCUGCGAGAAGCAGCUUGCUAGGAUCCAAGGAGAGUCACGGCAAAGAGGAACUUCGCUUCCAGCUCCGCCCAAAAGCAGAUCAUGUAUUCAGUUCAAUGGUGUUCCUGUGCUUUCUCCUGUGCUUAGCCUUGCGAGGGAAAAGGAACUGCAGCAAGACAGACAGAAAGCUCUGGAUUUAGAACGCGCCAGCCAGAAUUCCAGGAAAAGAAUUUUGUUGAAUCGUGUCCAGGAGAUUCUGGAAAAUGUGCAGAUGAAGAAAUUGUCCAGCCCAUCUGAGCAGGACGUGCCUCCUGGCUUGGAAUCAAAAGUGUGUACUGGCUUCGUAACAGCCGCAAGUGGCGUGUUGCCAAGUUGUCCUGCUCUCCGUGGGCCAGCAGAGCCUCCGAAGGCCCUGGAGGUUAAGCCAGCAGGUCCCCAUGGGGCUGUGCCAAGCGGGAGCUCCCUCCAAGGAGCCAAAGCGGGUGCUCUUCCUCCACAAGAGGACGCUGGCCCCGGAGACGGAGCUUGUGCGGAAGGGGUGUGCCCCGGUCCAAGCCACACAUUCCCUGCGAAGGAGGACGGCAGCGCGGUGGUGUUGGCUGCCGCAGAAGGCCCAGAUCCGUACGUAAUGAGUCUCCAGAACCUCAUGAAGAAAUCCCGGGAGUACAUCCAGAGAGAACAAAACCGGCGCAGCCUGAGGAGCAGCUCGAGGAGAAGCCUGAGUGAAAGCCAUUCGGAUAAAGAGAACGAUGCUGUCAAAAUGAGCGACUCUGGGAAAGAGCGAGGAGGGAAGCUGGCGAACAGAGGCAGUCUGGGGGUGGCAGCGGAGAAGCCCAGUCUGACCAAGUCCAGCACUUCCCUGCAAAGCGCCUCGGUCCCUAAGAGCAGCAUGCAUGUCGCGGCAUCUCCCAGUUUUUCUAAAGUGGACAUCCCUAUGAGAGCGGGAACGCCACCCGUCCUCGACUCGGACUCCGAUGAAGACUUCCGAAGCAGCUCCCUGUUUGACCACGACAGCAGCAUUCUCAGGAGCCUGACGGGUUCUUACUCGAAAUUGCCCAGUCCGGAGCCAAGCAUGAGCCCCAAAAUGCACCGGAGGCGCCCAAGGCCCUCUUCCAUGGGGCACAUAGUCAUUAACAACCCUGUGAAUGCCUACGAACUGAGCCCUAAAGAAAAGGAAAGAAUGGUGGACUUGAUCCCGCGGGACGCUGGCGACAAAAAGGCUGCUGCGUCUGAUCAUCCCGUGCCCAAACUGACGGCCGGUUUUGCUCCAGCUGGCUCCAGCCAAGUCCACUCUUUCCACAGGAGCUCUUCAGACAUUUGUGAUGGAUUAGUGGUUGGCAAACUGAGCCAAGCGUGCCAACAUCCAGUUGGCCAGCCAGAGAGCAGAGGGCUCCCAGCCAGGGGAGAGGGAGAAUCGGCGCUGGGUGGCCGACCAGAGCCUCCGGCAGCUGUCUGCUCUGCUCCGCCUCAGACCGCUGCCGGCAUUGGUGGAGCCAAGCCAGUCUGUCUGCUGGACAAAGCCAGACCCACCGGACUCAACAGGUCUUACGAUGUUGAAAGCCCAUCGCCCUUGUUGACGCAAACCCAGCACUCACAGCCGACGGAUCCUCCCAGCGAGCAGGCUUUGGAAGGUGGCUUUGAGGAGCUGAGACGGAGGCUUGAGCUGGACCCGGAGAGCUUGCAGAAGGAGAACCUGCCUUCCGUUGUGGCCGCAGGAGCCGGUGAGCCAGGGAAGCAGUGGCCGCACGAGCAGAGGGGUCCUGUCAGAGCUGCUCUGGCCAUGAGCAACGAAACGCCGGGCCCGGCUGGCAGUGAGGCGGCCUUAAAGCAGAAGAUGCUGGCGUUUGAGGCACUCCGGAGGAGACUGGAAGACCAGCAUGCCCAGGAGCUGUCCUUGCUGAUCGCCGAGCAAGAGAGAGAGCAGGAGCGGCUGCAGAAGGAGAUAGAAGCCCAAGAGCGAAGAUUGAAAGGGGAGGAGGCGGCUGCAGCUGAAGCGGAAAUCCCCCCCAUUACUAUUAGCAGUGGGGUGGAGCUGGAGUGGAGGAAGAUCAGCGACACUUGCUUGUUGGGAUCGAUGCUGACGGAAGUGGAGACGCACUCGGAUUGCCCCGGCUUUGCUCAUGCCACUGGGCCUGCUUUGACUGCGGAAUCGCCUUUCUAUCUUUGGGAACCACCAGCCAGUGGGAAGUCAACAGCCACAUCCAGGUCUGUGAACAGAAGCAAAAUGAGAUGGUCUCAGGUGUAUAGUCCCGAGAUGAAAAGAAAAUUGGACAAGAUCUCUGCUCUGGCAAAGGGAUUUCUAACUCGCAGACUCUUGCAGACGGAGAAACUGAAACACCUUAGUCAGACUGUGAAAGAUACAAUGGAGUUCAUAAAAAACUUCCAGUCAGAAGCUCCGUUGAAGAGAGGGACUGUCUCCGCUCAAGAUGCUGACCUGCAGGAGAGAGUGGUGGCUCAGUUGCGAGCGGCGUUGUUCGAUAUCCACGAUAUAUUUUUCGAAAUGGAGGUGCCCGAGAGGAUGAGUCUCCUGCGCCACGACCGGGAAGUCCGCAGAGAGCGAAUGCUCCGGCAGCUGGAUAAAGCAAAGACCCUGAGGGAGAGAGUGGCCCUUUCUACAGCCACACAGAAGUCUCUGGAUCGGAAGAAAUACAUGAAGGCCGCUGAAAUGGGAAUGCUAAAUAAAAGAACAAUGGUCAGACAGAAGACCCAGGAAAACAGGGUACUUCAGCCGAAUCAGGGUCAAAAUGCUCCUGUUAUCCAGAGACUCCUUUCCAGACAAGGAACCCCUAAGACCUCAGUGAAGGGGGCUGAGCAAAAUAGAAAGAAGCCCUCAGAGAGCAGAGUGUCUAACAAGGCCCUUUCAGGAGCAUCUGCAGGAAGAAUCCAAAGAAAGAAGCUAAAUGUUGUGACAACCUAAGACGGCAACACUCAUUGGGCUAAGGAGCUUCUUUGACUUAUCUGUCAGUGUUCUCCAUUGGUUCAGGUCUUCCUGCUGUUACACACACACACACACGGAUAGUCCGUUUUGGCAAGAUUACAUUUAUAAUAUUUAAGAUUUCUAACAGAUGUUCCGUGGAAUGAAAAGAAAACGAACCGUAAGAAGCACUUACUCUGCAUGUUUCAAGUCCUCUUAAGUCUCUCUUGCUCCGUACCUGCAUCAGAAACAGCACAUUGAGCACCCUCAGGAAGAAUGAUGCAUUGUCAUCAUAUGGGAAGCGUUUUGCAGACUUGACCCUCGACUGCACUUCUUUUUGUGCAAUAAAUACUCUUAACAUGGCAGCUCACUUGUUCUGCUUUAAUAGUUGCCUGCAUCAUUCUGUGUACUUAAAAGUACUUCCAGAAGAGAGAAGGUUUAUCCUCAGCUCUGUGGAUAGUAUUUCUGGCUGCCAGACCCUGGUCUUAAAGUGACUUAAGACUUUAGUACCACUAAAAUCAAUGGGGCAAAUUUUGGCUCUAGUUGGAAACAUGUUGGUUUAGGCAUGUGUGGGCGUGGACCCUGAUUUCGCCUUCCUUCCAGCCAUGUCUUUGCUUCCAACAUACUAUGCAGUAUCAUGUAGUAGAAUAUAUCGUAGGGCUUGAUCUUAUAGUAGGCUGACGCAAAUAUGCAGAUGUUCACAAUGAGCUCUGUCUUGUCUGUGGAUAAGCUGCUAUCAGAUCAAUACUUUGAAUUGCCAGUGCCCCCAAUAAAUUUUAAGAGGACACAAUGUGUGUACAUUUUUAGGAGGCUGUUUUGACUAUACAUUUGCUGCCUCUUUUUAAAAACGAACUUUUAGUAGCUAAUAGCAGAAAAAACAUUUAUAUCAGUGAUAGGCUUGUAGUAAAUUAUUAUUUGCUUCAGAGGCCUAAUCGCCCAGGAAUUCCAGACUGUCCUCUUUAUUAAAACGUAAGACUACGAUGUGCAAACUGGCUUUGGCAAUACCUCGGAUUUAUUUCCAUAAAAUGCUAAGCCAUUACCAAAGCCAUUUCUGAAAGAGGGACAUCUACAUAAGCGAUCUGUAGUCACUUAUUUUAGACAGAUUGCUUGGGAACUGCCCUCUCGAUAAACUAAUUACAGUCUGGUCUUGAAAUGUUGAAUGAAACGGGGACAAGUUGAGGAAUGUUUGUAUAUAUAUAUCUGAUAUGCAACACAGUAUUCCUGCUAACAGGGAUUCCCAGAUAUUGUGGACUACAACUCUCAGAAUCCCCAGCUGCAAUGGCUUUUGCUUGGGGACUAUGGGAGUUGUAGUCAACAACAUCUGGAAAUCCCUCCUGUUAGAGGGAAUACUGCUGCCACCUGGUAUUUAUUAAUAGUGCUGAACAUAUUAAGUGCAUAGAGAACUAUUAAACAUGAGCAUAUGAAUGGUAUAUACAUGACACUAAUUUUGGAAACUUCCUGUCUGGAACCAUUAUGGUUUGGUUCAACAUAAAUUGAAAAAUUAGGGUUAUGCUAAGAAAUUGGUAGGAAAACCCCGUACCAUGACAAAUGAUUAAUGAGCUUGUAUGGAGAUGGCUGUAAACAUGCUCCUCACACCUGCCUUGUAAUGCUCUUCACUGGUAUAUCAUGCAGUAUUCCAAACUGACACUUUUCUUGAGCAGGAGAAACAGCAAUGUCAGUGGAAACAAGUGGAUCUCUCUCUCUUCUCAGCUGUUUCAAGAAUCUGUCUUGGAGCAUACCCACACAAAGUCUUCUGUUGGCUGACGCAGCAUUGGCAGCACAAUGCAGUUAGUUUUCUCCCCAUGGAACAAACUUAUUGGAUUCCUCAAGUUUUAGAUCUUUAAAAACACACAACUCUUGUAUGCCUUUUGCAUGACUUGAAUAUUUUCCUUAGAAAUGGGGGGGGGAGUCGGUGAAAGACUGACCAGCUUAAAUGCAUCUUAAGAACUUAGUCAUGGCUUUGUAGGUUAGAAAUAGCUUAGUUAAUAUCCCAGUGCUAAAAAAAGUGGCUAAAGCUUGCUUGUAAACUUCUUGUGUGCUGUGGUGGUGUUAUAGACAACAUGUGAAGAGAAGCUUUUCACUUUUUAAAAAGAAUACAAACCAAUGGUUACUUUGUUCAGGCAUCUAAAGUGCACUUUUUCUUUUUCUUUUUUUAAUUUAAUCUGUACUAAAAUGUCAAUUUUUAACUGUCAGAAGGCCUUCUAUUUAAAGUGCCAGAUCUCUUUUGUAAUUUGAUGUUUUAUAUUUAUUUAUCUUAAUUUUCAGUUCACUUUUAUUUUUGAGUGAAAUGCAAUGUUAUAAAGUGUAUUUUUGUACUUUUUAUUUUCACUGUCUUGCUUUCCCCCCUUAAGCAUAUUGCACAAUAAAACUUUUUUACCUUU